UAUUGUGUCUAUGAAAACUGGUUUCGAACGCUUACGCUUCGCUGGUGUUUGUUUCGUCAUAUUCAAUUGCGUUGUGUGGGCAAUGUGGAAGUAAACAAUAAGAUUCAAAUGAAUGCAUGCUACCUUUAUUGCAUAUGUCUUAAACCUAUCGGAACGAGUGAGCUUAUAGCUGCUGUAUACAACACAAGCGACCGUGUCUCUUUUAAAUGUGUAUAAUGUCGGAUCUGUGAAAAUAUUAUUCAAUUCGUUCGGAAAAACACUGAUUACGGUGGAGUUCUUUUACUUUUUGGAUUACCUCAGUCACAAGUUGAAAGAAAAUGCUCCUCCAUGCUGUAUUCAAGCGUGUGUUGCUGUCAGCUUUAUUUUUUAUCGGAGUAACUGCAUCCAUGGAGGAAAAUGAAACUGUUGAGACGUCUCCGACCCCAACACCUUCUAAGGAGCUGUUACCAAGCGAACCCCUGCUGCUUAUUUCAACCCUUGAUGGGACUCUGCAUGCAGUUAGUAAACGUACUGGGUUGGUGAAAUGGAAAAUAGAUGAAAAUCCUGUAUUAAAAGUUCCAACUGAGUCCACAACCACCAUUAAAGGGCCAACAUUUCUACCUGACCCUCAUGAUGGCUCGUUGUAUGCAUUUGACCCAGCCUCUCAAGGUUUAACUAAACUUCCAUUCACGAUACCAGAAUUGGUACAAGCAUCUCCAUGUAGGUCUUCAGAUGGGAUAUUGUACACUGGUCGUAAGCAGGACGUAUGGUAUGCUAUUAACCCCCUUAACGGUGAAAAACAGCAAGUAAUUACCACUGAAAGUGCAACUGACAAAUGUCCAGGUGGUAGUGCAAACCACAUGUUCAUAGGAAGAUCGGAAUACAAAGUUACCAUGUUUGAUACCAAACUAAACCUCAUGAGAUGGAAUGUAACAUUCACUGAUUAUUCUUCACACGCAAAUGAAAAAGUCUCAGAUAACUAUGAGUUGCUACAUCUGGCUUCAAGUGCUGAUGGGUUUGUUAUUACAGUGGAUAGAAGAACAGCAAGAAUUCUGUGGGCACAAAAUUAUGGCUACCCUGUGGUGGCAAUGUAUGCUUGGGUGCCUGAGGGUCUACAGAAAGUAGAGAUGACCAGUGUUGCCAAGGAAACCAUGACUUACCUGAUGCAGCAAGCUAAUGGGAAGGUCAUGUAUUGGGAUUCAAUAUUUCAGGGAAAUCCAAGAUUUUCCCCCAAAGAAGACACAUUGGCUCCUUCACUUUAUGUUGGUCAAUAUCUACACAGUCUUUAUGCGCUGCCUGCAAUGACGCAUGGUGGAGUGGAGUUUGAUAUACAUAGAAACGUACAGUUACUACCUGGCCCUAAUGAUGAUGACAUUGAAACAUCAACUGAACUUGAUCUACCAAGCACCAAUAUUCCAAUAUGGAGACUUAUUGGUUACCAUAAGAUACCUCCAUAUUCCAAAGUUAAUCUCCCACGUGCUUACAAUCCAACCAUAACUAAAACUUUGCAACUUGAGCAUAAAAGUGACAUGAAGCAUAUGGUCACAGAACAGGUGAUUGAACCAACAGUAAAUCCUGUGGUACCACCAAAUAAGAACAAGGAUAAAUCAGCUGCUGAUGAAAAUUAUUAUCGAUAUAUUACACCAAGCAAAAGAGGGGAUCAGUUUGAGGUAAAACCUCCUCUAGGAAGAGAUGGAGCAAGGAAGUUGGAUCCUGAUUCCAACAUCCGAUGGAAUGAGAUCACAAUCGUAGCAACGUUAACAUCUGUUAUAACGGGAGCUCUCUUCCUAUGUUUGUUCAAGAAACCAAGUUUAAAUUUCCCAAACAUAUCAAAUGGUAAAAAGCAUGGCUUGGUUCAUGUUGGUAGAAUCUCAAUUGAUCCAGUUGAUAUAUUGGGCAGAGGAAGUGAGGGAACUAUUGUUUACAAGGGCUACUUUGAUGGGCGUUCAGUUGCAGUAAAACGAGUGGUCCCCGAAUGUUUCAGUUUCGCCGACCGAGAAGUUGCGUUGCUUCGUGAAUCUGAUGAACACGCUCAUGUUAUACGAUACUUCUGCAUGGAAAGAGAUGCACAGUUCCAAUACAUUGCAUUGGAGCAAUGUAGCAACACACUGCAGGAGUAUGUUGAAAACCCACAAUACAAAUGUAGUACAGGACUAGAUGCAACAACUGUUCUUUAUCAAGCCAUGCAUGGUUUGGACCAUUUACAUCAAUUGAAGAUAGUUCACAGAGAUGUAAAACCAAGCAACAUUUUAAUCUCGGUACCUGGGAAACUCGGCAAGCAACGAGUUGUCAUCUCUGACUUUGGCCUCUGCAAGAAACUUGUUCCAGGCCGGGUGUCGUUCUCUCACAGGUCAGGAACCGCGGGCACCGAUGGCUGGAUUGCCCCCGAGAUGAUUCUAGACAAACGAUAUCGAAUGACCCAAGCUGUUGACAUUUUCUCAAUGGGUUGUGUGUUUUACUACGUAAUAUGUGGCAAGCAUCCAUUUGGUGAUUCCAUCAGUAGGCAAGCAAGGAUAGUGAAUGGAGACUACUCUCUUAAUGAGUUGUCCACAUUUGAAAGUGCUGAAGAAGCAAUAGACCUCAUAAAGAGAAUGCUUCAAACUGAUCCUGUCAUGCGACCCAAAUCAGCCACCAUACUAAAACACCCCCUGUUUUGGGAUGCUGUGAAAACACUGCAGUUUUUUGAGGAUGUGAGUGACCGUAUUGAAAAAGAGCCUCUCGAUAGCGCCACCAUGCAGCAGCUUGAUCGUGACUCACUGAACGAUAUCCAGAAUGGGAUUCCCCGAGAUUGGAUUUACCAUCUGUGUGAACCUCUACAGGACGACCUGCAUAAGUUUCGGUCGUACAAAGCUGGCUCUGUGCGUGAUCUGCUACGUGCUAUAAGAAACAAAAAGCAUCAUUACCGUGAGCUUCCAGAUGAAGUGAAGAGAUCACUAGGCAGCGUGCCUGAUGAGUUCCUUUCAUAUUUUACUUCACGAUUUCCACGUUUGCUUACCCACACAUACCUAUCCAUGGCUUGCUGUAGACUUGAAGCCACGUUCGAACCAUAUUAUGGCAGCAGCGUUGAUUAUUCAUAUGAUGAUAAUAAUGAAGAAAUAUCAAACGAGUCAAUUUUCACAAGAGCUGGAAAUGGAACAAAGUCAAACUGGAGGAAUGGAGGAAGCCCAAACUUCAUGGAUUACUCUCCUAACUCCAAGAGGAUGCAAAAGACGAUCUCCGCUGCUGACAUGGAUCUCGACUGGAGAUCAAACUCCAACCGACCGGAGCACAACAACAACUCGAGAUUCCCAACCUCUUCCUCUGCUCCCAUGAUCCCUAACAGCUCUUUCAAGAGCCUCUUGAAGUCCUCCAACCGGAGGUACAACAGCAAUUCCUCAAUGAAUUGGAGGAACAGAUAUGUCGGAAGAGGUUGAAGUCAAUGGUGAUGGAAAUGAUGUGGAUGGAAGCAACUUACAAGCAUUGGCUGCACGUAAGCGAUUUUCACUGAAAAACCGCAGCCCACGUAUCUCCGAGUCAAGCAGUUGUUCGGAAGCUGAUAGCAAGGACAAGAAAUCGAA